AUGAGCUCGUCAAAUCCCUACAUCAGCAAUGGUACAUGCUACCACGGACCAGGAGACGAGGUGGGAGAAUGGUUUCCGUGUGGAAAUGCAGACCUUGGGUACAAGACUUGUUGCCAGGGCGGCGACAUGUGCUUGUCAAGCCACGCUUGCUACAAUGGUCGGUUCGGAAUCACAUAUCUCGCGGGCUGUAGCGACCCAGACUAUCGAGACGCGAGUUGUCCGGAUAAAGGAGCCAUGAGUGAUCAACCAUGGGCAGGUCUAGUCUACUGCAACGGCACUUCAGAACAAUGGGUGGCUUGCGAACAAUCGGCGAAGCCCACGACUUUGACAUCAGCAGACGUGUGCUGGUGCCCACAAACAUCCCGAACCGUCGCCUUCACCGAUUCCUCGAUCCUCCAAAACGUUGUACAGCUUCCGACCUCACUUGGAGGAAGCGUCAUCUGGCAGCCUGGCUAUGUCCCGAUUCUUACACAGCCCAAUACAACCCCGAAUCCAACUUCACCUGCCCCGACGACCGCUCAAGCUCAGCCUCCCACAACUACAGCAUCAAGCACAACGUCACAGCCGACUGCGACACAAACCUCUUCAUCAGACGAUACGGCGGGUCUGACGACAACUACCAAAGUCGGACUCGGCGUUGGUAUCGCGGGAGGGUGCCUGGUCCUCAUGGCUGCUUUGAUAUACAUAUGGUACUCCAGAAGGAAAUUGCGACAAACGGGGGCGGCAGAGAUGGGUAAUGCGACUGAAAAGGGAAAUGGGUACGAAGGCGGUAUGGCCAAGCCAUAUGAAGCGAAUUCGGCGCGGCCAGAGUCCGAAGCAACCGAGUUAGACGGCACCUCCCGGCCCUUCAAAUUCGAACCAGCGGGCUUUGGAUACAGGGGCAGUCCAAAAUUGGAACUAGAUAAAGGAUGGGCACAAUCGCCGAAGACUCCAGUGGCAGAGUUGCCUGGAUAG